UCAUCACCGGCUCCUGCUCUGUUGUGUCCUCCCUCUUCUGGCGUCUAUAGUCCAAAGCGGCCGGUGCAACCAUCUAUAUCUCCAGGGGGGAGGACGUGCACUUCUCCACAUGCACCUGUGCGCCUCCCUACCUUAUCGGAAAGACCGAGGAGGCGUUGUUUAGGAUCGGGAUCUUUUCAAACGGGGACGCUGCCCCUGGACGGGAUGCACUCCCCUCUGGAUCAUCGCUAGCAGGUGCACUUUCCAUUCAAAAAGGGGCAAAUAUUCUGCAUUUUUGUUACACGAGAAGGUGAUGCAGAUGUUUGCUUGAGGCGUUUAAACGCUCCACUUUCAGGCUAGUGUGACCUGCACCGUAAAGAGGGACCAGAAUCACUGAGUGUAGCUUUAUUUGUGGGCAGGGCAGGCUCCAACAACACCUGUGUCUUUCAUCUCUAUCGGCCUUCUUCGCUCCAGGAGAAGAAGAGGGGGAGCCCACUGGUGGAAAGAAACGUGACACCGGGUUUGGUGGUGCAACCUGACACGGUCGGGGCUGAGACCGGACCGCAGCUGUGAGGCGUUGGGAGUUUUUGGGGAGGUUGCGUUCUUGUCUGCGUGAGAAGAUGCCUGCAACACGGGCGCUGGUGCCUCUGGUCCUCCUCAUGGCGCUUCAAGAGCCUCAACUUCUUCUUCCUCUCUCACCUCUUCUCGCUCUGUGCGCUCACCACACGUUCGCUAACGUCGUCCCUUUCACCUUCUCUUCUCGGUGCUUGCUUGAGUGCGUGCUUAGCCUGACCCCAUGUGUGUCUCCUGUCCCCGAAGCGUGACCCCGGCGGGGGUCAAAGUUGAGGGUAGCAGGCCGUCAUUGGCCGAGGCCUGCAGUGUGAGAUGCUUGCAGUGCUGGUGUGCAGCGGCGCCUGCGUGGAGGUGGACUCGGGCACGGAGGCGGUGGCCAAUCUGGGCUUCAAGCUGGGCUGCAUCUCCUGCAAGAUGAGGGGGGAAGUGAAGGCCACGGCUUCUGUCACUUGGUUCUUCCAGGCCAGUGACGACGACGUCUCUUCUGAGCUGUACACCUACGCAGAGAGGGAAGGCAAGGUGAUGGAUCCACGUUUCUAUGGCCGUCUGCACUGGAAUGGCAGUAAAAAUACGGAGGACUUGCAGGACGGCUCCAUCUACAUCCUCAACGUCACCUUCAACGACACGGGAACCUACCAGUGCAACUUCAGGCGCAUGCUCAUCUACUCCAACAGCAAAUAUGAGACCAACCCAAACAAGACCAUCACCUUGAAGGUGGUUCCCCGAGUGACCAGAGGGAUGGCGUCCAUUAUGUCUGAGGUGAUGAUGUACGUGUCCAUCAUCGGCCUGCAGCUCUGGUUGUUGGUGGAGAUGAUUUAUUGCUACAGGAAGAUUUCAGCGGCCGGCGAGGAAGCGUUGAGAGAGAGCGCCCUGGGCAAGAACUGGCGAAGAGACGGAUUCUCACUCGCACCUUCAUCCUCCUCCUCAUCGCCUCCAUCGUCAUGACAACAAGGGUCGCUGGACUUCCUGCGGCAACAAAAAAGGGAUUUGUGUUGUGCGUGCACGUGGUGUGUGUGUGUGUUUGUCUGUGUGUGUGUGUGCAUGUUUUUGCAUUUGCAUGCUCACCACAACCAACAAAACAAUUAUAGCAUAUA